GCUGCAAACGGGCGCAGCACUUCCUCGAGUUAAGCUUUCCUGGAAUCUUAUCGUCAACGGCAACUCUGUUGCUUGCUUCCAUUCCCUUCCCCUCUUUCAUUACUUCUACAACGGCCUCAUUUAGCGUUUCCUUUCUCUAACGUGUCAUUAACAUUAUCUAUCUUCAGCCUGUAAACUGCCUUUCUUUUCUUUGUUCUAUUCGAUUCUCGUUUUUUCGCGAUUGCGCGGCAUGAUUCUUGACCUCCAAUCGCAACCGUCAUGACCAGUCACCCUCCAUCAUGAUUGAACCCUCUAUUCGCGUCCGUCGGGCAAUUCAUGCCAAUGAUGCGACUCUUCUCCGCCGAAUUCUGAAGACACAUCCCAAUCUUCUCCUCAACCCCGACUCUUCACCAUCCGGCCUCUCCAAUUCGAACAUGCACCUAGCAGCCUCCCUAGGUCACCGCGAAGUCUGCGAAGUACUCCUGCAACUCGGCCACGAAGAUCCAGUCCCCGCACUCAACGAGACCCAUCAAACAGCGCUGAUGCUCGCCUCAGCCGGUGGCCAUACCGAGGUUGUACAACUCCUCUGCGAACACGACAAAACAUGCAUUCUUCGUCGCGACAUUCGAGGUCGUGAUGCCGUGAUGGAAGCUAGUCUUGGCGGACACGACACUAUUGUUCAACUCCUCCUUACCUUUGUCCCAGGGGGACCUUACGACGCAGUCCGCCGUGCGGACGUGGAAGGAAAUACGGCACUACAUUUUGCGAGCGGGAACGGAAACUUGUUGGUGCUGCGAACGCUGCUGGCGGCGGGCGCGGAUAUACAUAAGCGCAACAUUUGGAACUGGACACCGGCUGCGUACAGCGCUACUGUUCAGGCUGAGGUCUAUUUAAAGGGUUUGGUGAAUGAGGUUGGAAAGAGACAGCAGCAGCAACAGAAGAGGGAGAUUGAGUCGGCUAAGAAGGGAGGCGGAGUUCGAGUUGUUGAAGCCACAAGCGAUGAAGACUGAUUCAGGCAGAGUUGCCGAAUCUGCCAAUGCGGCUCUUCCAUGCCGCCUGAUGUGCGUCGGAUCUCAUGACCUGAUGUCGACAUCGACACCAGCAGAACCGGCUUCACACAUCCAAUCAUUUCUUCGACUCUUAUCAAAUGCCUUUCGCCAUCUUUUUUCAAUUUUGUCAGUCUACAAUACUCAGGAAAGCGUCACGGAGUUAAUCUGAAUUGAAUCGAUUCACUAUGCAUUGUCCAUCAACUGUUUUUGACCUGCGCCAUUCACAACCAACUGUCGCCCGAUCUGAAUGGUGUUGCAUGUUCACUCACAGCAUGUCCUGUCGAUCUAAUGCAUGAUUACAACCAUUCCAGCUGCUCUGACGAACCAGAUAUUCACUGCAUUUUCAGGCGGACAACCACUACGAACCAAGCCAAGUGAUUGGAUACCAGGCAUCAACCG